CUUCCUCUUCAGCAGUGUGGGCCAUGAAGAGGGAGCAUUGUCCUCACUGCUGACUUGGUGCUAGUUUGGUUCUAAAACUGCUGCGACUCCCUUCCUGGGGCUUAGGGUCCCGCAGGAAGGAAAGCUUCUGCCCUCUUCAUGGGAGCUGGGCCCAGGUCCUUCCCGGCAGAGCACCAGCUGAUUCCCAUGCUAGGGAGCCUGGUGGGCAGAACCAGUGGUUCGAGUGCUCUCUCGCGGCUGCUCCCCUAAACGCUGAAACUCAGUGCCAGGAUUCUAAGCCGUGAUUUUGGAAGUCGAAACUCAAGUGGGGCGCACCAUCGCCAUCCUGUGCCUUGAUGGGAAAGGCGGAGACAACUAGAAGUAACGCUGAAGCUCAAUAUUCAAAAGUUCUUAGAGUGUUAGAAAGAUCUGGAGGGAGGAAACCGGUGGAGGGCGAAGGGGCUGGAGGUGGAGAUGGUUGUGUAACUCCUCCAGCUUCUAGGGGAUCGUCUGAGUGUUCUUGACUCUUGGUAUUUCUGUAUAUACUUUUGAACGAGCUGUCAGUUUCCACAAGUAGAGCUCUGCUGAUACAUAUUUUUUAUUGUGAUUGUAUAGAAUCUAUUAGAUCGUUUGGGGAGAACUGACAUCUUAAUACAUGCCAAAUAAAAUCACCAUAAAUGUUUUUAAAAACUGAAAAAGCGAUAAACGGAGAACAAAUAUUUCCACCUCAAUAACAAAGGGGUUAACAUCCCCAAUAUAUAAGGAGCUCCGGGAACCAAUAAGAAAACGAACAGUCACAUGAUUAAAAAAAUGUGAAAAAGAAGCAAAAAGUACACAGAACAAUGAAUAUAGACUCUAACACAGGAAAUGGCAGACGCACAAAACUUACAGCAGCGGGGCGUGAAACGUGCGACCUGUCACAUGACCAGGGCGGUUGCUGCGUGGCUCGUGCAUCUGGCAAGGUCGGGCUGACGUGCACGUGCUGUGCGCGGCCCCGCACUGACUCUCUGGCAUGCGCAUGCGUCCACCAGUAGAGGUCUGGCUGCCCUAGCGGUGCCUCCCCGCCUCUGCCCGCUCAAGGGAGGCUGGGGACUGGUGCACCUCCUGAGCUGAGUGUGUGUGUGUGUGUUGGGGCAGGGCGUUUUUGAGUAGUGUUUGAACACGGGCUUAAACAGUUCCAAGUCCAAACGCUCACUGCACAGUUAGGAAACUGAGGCCUAGAAAGGGGCUGGGACCAACAGUCCAGAGGAAAAGGAAGGGCUCUGACUCCUAGGGCAGGGCUGCACUCCUUCCCGUGGGGGUUGUUUUGGGAAUGAGAGCCCCUAAGAUGGGGGAACUCCCUGCCCCCCUCCACUGGAAGGGCUGUUUUCCUCUCAGCAUCCCCACAUGCAUGGUGUGCACACACAGACUUCACAUGUGGGAGCCAUGGGGGUGGGGUCAGAGGAGGACUGGGCUCCAAGGAGGUGAUGGGGGGAGGGGAGAAACAGGGUGGAGGCAGCUCUGCCAUGGGGCAUACAGUCUCCUAGCCACAUGCCCACAGCCCACAGCAUGAGGAGGGAGAGAUGCCACGAUGAAGGGCAGGGGGAUCACAAGGUUCCCAGGGGUCUGACUGGUCUAGGUGACAACCAGGGUAAUCCAGAGGGGACAUGGCCUGAUCCUGCAGUCACUGCCCUCCGCCUCUUGAGCUAGGAGGUGCCCCUCCCAAGUGAAGAAGGCUUCAGAAGAGAAGGCCUUGGUUUCCUCCUGUAUAAACUGGCGUGCUUGGAAUGGGUGCCCACAAGGGUUGCACAGACUCAGAGAAGUGUCUGCUGGCCUUGGUUCUCCGCUGAUGACUGAAGACGCUCCAUAGCCCUUAGAAAUGCUUUCUGCUCCCUGGAAUAGAGGAUUAGGGAGUCUGUGAGUCUGGCGCCAUGGAGUUGGACAGUGCAGGGCAGAGCACUGGACCACAAGUCCAGGUCCAGAGUCAGGACCAGUCUCUGUCGGAUCCUCGGGUCACUCCUGAGGAAGUAGGGCUGGAGUCUUUGCCUUGAAUGUGGGAAGGAUGCCUCGAGAGUAGCUGGACACCCUAGGGUAAUGGAGGCAAAGAGAGGGGAAGGGAGGUUUCCCAAGUCCCCCACACGGCCUGGGUCCCAUCCUUUACCCCCUGAACCCAGGAAAGCUGCUGCAUUGAGGACACCUGAAGAAGGUAUGGGUUUUGUGGUGAGUUUUCCUGCCUGGGGCUGCAGUGGUAACAUUGGCCACCAGGGGGCAGGAGCCUCUGCUGCCACUGGUGCACCCUGGGCUUUUUGGAGCAACUGGAGCAAAGGGAUUGUCACCAGAGGCCAGUCUGGCCAUCCCCCUGGCUCUGACAUGAACUUCCUAUUAUCAAGAUACAUCUCUACAUUCUGAGCUGCUCGGGGGUGUUAAGGGAAUUUGAGAUGCUAUCAUUUCUUCAUUCACCAACUUGGUCCCAAGCACUCACACUGUGCCAGGGCAGUGUUAGGUCCUGGGUGGGUGCUGAACAUGACCUAUGUGGCCCCUGCAUCCAAGAGCAUACACUCUGCAGGGGAGACAGACAAAAUCAUGAAAACAAAUACAUGCAGAAGAAAAGAGCAAGUGCUAAAGUGAAAAUAAAGCAGGGUGCAGUGUGGGAGGAGGCAUAGGGGAAUUCUAUGUAGGAGGGCCCCCCGAGAGGCCUCACUGAGGCGACGUUGAUGUUGCAACCAGAAUGACAAGACCGACAAACCUUGCACAAUCUGGGGACAGAGUGCAAAGGAGAAAGCACAGCUGGUGCAGAGACUCGGAGAUAGAAGUGAGAUUGUCCAUGAGGAACAUGCUUCAUAGUUCAAUCAGGUAUACAAGACUAAUGUGCCCCAAAGCAAAGAUGAGAAGGCAGGAAGGGACAGGAAAACUGGAUGAAUGGAAACAGGGAACCCUGGGUGGAGGAAGGAAGGAUGCUGGAACAUCACGGGGUUGGCACAAACAAUUUAUGUAUUAACUGUUUAAUGAUAAACUAAUUUGCUCUGUAAAAUUUAAUCUAAAUCACAAUUAAAAAAAUGCACGUGUACAUAAAAUGUUAAGUUUACAGCUAGUAAUAAUAAUGUGCAUAGUCUUAUUGUUUUUAAAAAUACCAAAUUCCUGCUCUCAAAAAAAAUAACUGAGAUGUCCACAGAGAGGAGGUUAGGUAAGUGACCAGUAUGGCUGAGGUGAGCUUGGGAGAAGAGGAGGGAGGGAGGGGUGAGGUCAGGCACAGAUCCCAGGACCUGGUGGACUGGAGGAGUUAUCUACAGCUCUCUGACAACAUGACCCCAAAACUUAGCAGCUCACAACGACACACAUGGAUGAUCUCACAAUCUCUGCAGACCAGGACUCUGGGCAAAGCUGAGCUGGUGCCACUGCCUGAAAUCAUCUCAGGAAGCUGGACUGUGGUCUCAACUGAGGCUCAACAGGGGGAGGACCCACUUCCAAGAUCACUCCCGUGAUAUUGGCAGGACUCAGUUUCCAGUGAGCUAUUACACUCAGGGCCUCAGUCCUUGUCUGUCUGUUGAUCAAGACCUUCCUUUGGUCCUUUGUCACAUGACCCUCUCCAUAGGGCAGGUCAUACGUGCUUCCCUGAUGGAGAGAGAGAAGAUAAGAGAGCCAAGAAAAUAUGCCCUACCUUAUUCCUUAGAAGUGAGUCCCUGAGUCCAGUCCACACUAAGGGAGGGGAUGACACAGCAUGUGUAGACCAGGAGGCAGGAUCAUUGGCAGCCAUUGCACAGAUGUCCCACACCCUAGUCUAGGACAAGUCACUUGGGUCAGAUUCCAAACAUCAGAGGAAGUUAUUGGAGGGCUUAUGCCAGAGGGUGCUCAUAUCUGAUUUUCACUUAACGCCAUCCCCCUCAUGGUAGAGACUGGGAAUCAAGUCCAAGAGGGAAGUGACUUUGUUAAAGAUCACGACACCAGAACCCAGCCCUGUUUUGAAUUGUAUUACAUGCUGCUUCCCACUUUUUCUUGAAAUUCUUUGACCACUAAGUUCGGACGUUAGCUACGUAUGUCACAUUCCCACUGGUUUUAUAGGUAUUAUCUUACAUAUACCUGGUGAAGACCCUAGGCAGUAGAUCCAAGAAUGACCCCCACUGUGCAGAGCUCCCCACAGGACAUCAGCGAGGAGCAGGGUGACAACAUCAGGUACUCCUUCUCCCCUGAGAAAGGGGCCGGAAAGGGCCAUCGCAGGAUCAGGUAUAACCAUGAGUCAGCCCUGGACCUGGAUGAGACCUGUGCUGUGCGGACCAUCAAGGCAGGCACACUAAAGAAGCUGGUAGAGCACCUGGUGCCCGCCUUCCUGAGGGGUGACCUCUCCUACAUCCAUACCUUCCUGAGCAACUACAGAGCAUUCGCCACCACCCAGCAGGUCCUGGAUCUGCUCUUCCUCAGGUACGGAUGUGUUCUUCCCUAUUCUGACGGGGACGGUGGGCCUCAGGACCAGCUGAAAGACGCCAUCUCCUUCAUCCUGGGCACCUUCCUGGAAGAGUACUCUGAGGAUUUUGAUGAGCCUCCAGACUUUCUCCCUCUCAAGAUGCUGAAGGCCUAUGCUCAGCUGAACAUGCCAGGCUCAGUAAUAGAGUGCCAGGCCAACCUACUCCUUGCCCAGCUGGAGCACCCAGAGCCUGCUGAGACAGAGCAAGAGGCUCAAGUGUCACCUCUGGAACUUGCUCAAGAUCCACCUAGAGCAUCCCCUCCAGAACCUGCUCCAGAUACAAGUGGAGCAUUGACGCUGGAUGAAGGUCCAGAUCCACAUGAAUAUUCACCUGUGCAACCUGCUCCGGGUCCACCUCCAGCGUGCCCUCUGGGACCUGCUCCGGGUCCACCUCCAGCGUGCCCUCUGGGACCUGCUCCGGGUCCACCUCCAGCGUGCCCUCUGGGACCUGCUCCGGGUCCACCUCCAGCGUGCCCUCUGGGACCUGCUCCGAGUCCAUCUGGAGUGUCACCACCGCAACCCAACCCAGAUCCGCCUCAAGCAUCACCUCCGGAAACAACUCCUGAUGCACCUGAAGAUUCCCCUCCGGAGCCCUCUGCACAUCCUCCUUGAGCAGUGCCUCUGCCACCCACUCUUGGGGCAAAGCCAGCCUCAACACGACCUCCAACAUCAGGUCCAGAGCUAAAGCUGGCAUUUACUCAGGUCCAAGCCUUCAUGCCUCUUACCUGAGAAGGCAUCUCUUUUACUUUUUGGCAUUUUUUUUUUUCUUGUUCAGCAUUUAUUUUAUCAGUUAAUUUCAAGAGUUUUAGGUUUCACCAAAAAUAAAGUUUCACGUUAUCAUCAUUUUAAAGUAUAUAAUUCAGUGACUUUACACUUUCACAAUGCUGCUCAACCAUUACUACUCUCUGCUUCCAGACCAUUUUCAUCACCUCCAGCAGAAACCCUAUAACCUUGAAGCAGUCACUCUCGUACCCUCUUCCCCUGCUCUAAGCAUUCACAAACUUGCUUUCUGUGUCUAUGGAUUGACAUAUUAUGGACUUUUACAACUAAAUGGAACCAUGCAAUAUGUGGCCUUUUGUUCUCAAUGUUUCUGAGGUUCACCGAAAUUGUACCUUGUGUCGGUAUCUAACUCCUUUUUAUGGCUGAAUGUUAUCCCAUGGUAUGGGAUUUACCACAUAUCAUUUAUCCAUUUAUUAGUUGAUGGAUAUUUGAAUUGUUUCCACCUUUUGAGUAAUGCGAGUAAUGCUGUUGUGAGCAUCAUGUACAAGCAUUUUCUUGACUGUCUGACUUCAUGAUAUUUGACAGGGGUGGAUAACGAGGAGGAGGGAAGGGUGAGGAGACAGCCCAGGUGUGGGGAGUGAGAGUUUGGAGAGACCAAGAGACAGGCAAGUUAUGGGAGAUGAGGACAUGGGGGAAGCCUAGAGAACUCCCAGAUGUGUGGUGACUGAGGAGGUGGAAGAAAUAAGUGGAAAGGCCUUGUACGACACCUGAGGAGAUGCGAGGGGCCCAAACACCACAAGGUGUGGGUAAUGAUGAGGUGGGUGGGGCCAGGAGGCAGCCAGUCAUGGUAAGUGAGGAAGGAAUAGGGGGGAAUGAGGAGGAGGGACAGACCACAAGGAGGCACAGGUGUGGAUGGAUGUAGAAGGAAGGAGGUCAGUGAAUGCACAGGUGUGGCCAAAGAGGAGGUGCAAAGGACCAUGAAGCCACAGCGGUGUUGAGAGUAAGGCAGUAAGUGGGAGCAGUAGAAAGCAGAGGUGUAGGGAGUGUGUAGGUGGGAGGGUCAGGAGGCUUCCCAGGUGUGGGAGAAUGUGCUUGGUCCUCUUGGCUGGUCCUCCAGAUGCUGUGGGGCUCCUGAUUUUCCAUAUGUUUGUAUACAGGAAUGUCUAGGAGGCUGCCC